AUGUUACUACUAGGCUGUAACCAAAUGAACAACAUCUUUAACAAAAAAGGUCGUCUCUUAGAUCUCUGCUUUAGUAAUUCUGAAGUUUUAAUAGAGAGAACGGAUCCUAUCCUUGAAGAGGAUGUUUAUCAUCCAGCUUUAUCUAUUCAAUCUAUUCAUGUAUCUUGCACAGCCAGUAUGAAGUUGUUUAAAGAACCUCAAUACUCCUUUAAAAAAGCCAACUAUAUUGCACUCAACGACUUUUUCUUAAACACUAACUGGUUAGAACUGUAUAACAUAAAAACAGUGGAUGAAAAGCUAUUAGGGUUUUACGAAAAAAUAAAGUUAGGCAUUUCAGAGCAUGUUCCAGUGUACACUAAUAAUCGAAAAUGCAAGAGUUUGAGCAUCAUCUGUUACAAUAACUAUGUCACUCGCAUGAAAAAUCUAAUCCAUGAGGACACUACUCAGUUCUGGAAUUUUGUGAAGAGUAAGAGGCGCAAGGACUUAAAUAUACCUAGUACGAUGAAUUGGAGUGAAUAUACUGCCAACACUGAUGAUGAGGUAAGCAAUUUAUUUGCUUCAUAUUUCAAAAGUAUAUACAUGGGGACACAUGACAGCUCGGUAAAUCAGGUAAAAAAGCUGCCUACUGAUUAUGACGCAAAUCUAUUUCAGUUGGAG